ACUAUAAGAUGAAUCCAUUAUUAAGGCUCUUGCUAUCAAGUGCUGUCUCUCUCACUACUUCUGUGCAGCACAAAACCUCAAAAUAGGAACCCUUCAUUUACUUCCUUCUCUUGCUCACAAGCUUUUGCUUUUGCUCUCAAUGAUAUGGUUCAAGUUUGUGGUGUAUUAGUAGUAAUAAUUCAUUGAAACCUAGCGAUUCUUCUUUUUCUUUGCACCUGUGUUUAUUGUUUAUUUAAUGAUGGGUCACUUUAUGAUUCGAUAAGAUCAAAAACUUGCAUUUAAAGCAUCGUUUGUCUAUUGCUCUGUUCCGGUGCCGGUGUUCAUAAUUUGCUUGCUUGACGGUUCAAGGGAGCUUUAAAGCUAAAAGGGUGCGUUUGUGUUUGUGGGUGAAUAUUAAUAGAGGAGAAAGACAUGGGGAGGAUACCCUGUUGUGAUAAGAAGGGGUUGAAGAAAGGACCAUGGGCUCCUGAGGAAGAUGAGCUCCUUGUAAAUUACAUCAACAAAAAUGGCCAUGGAAGCUGGAGGUCUCUCCCCAAGCUUGCAGGUCUUCUUCGCUGCGGCAAGAGUUGCCGGCUCCGGUGGACUAAUUAUCUCCGGCCAGACAUUAAAAGAGGUCCCUUUACUCUUGAGGAAGAGAAGCUUGUCAUACAGCUUCAUGGCAUUCUUGGAAACAGGUGGGCUGCCAUUGCUUCUCAGUUACCGGGAAGAACAGAUAAUGAGAUAAAGAACUUGUGGAACACCCACCUGAAGAAGCGCUUGGUUUGCAUGGGUCUUGACCCUCAAACUCACGAGCCCUUCACCUCCUGCGGACCAACCACCACUGCACCUGCAUCUCCGACCACUCGCCACAUGGCUCAGUGGGAGAGUGCAAGGCUGGAAGCCGAGGCUCGGCUUUCAAGGGAGUCACUCCUCUUCAAUCUACCACUUCAGGGGAAAAACACGGAAUCUGAUUAUUUUCUUCGUCUGUGGAAUUCCGAAGUGGGAGAAUCGUUUCGGAAGCUGAACACAGAACAGAAAGCUGGAUAUGAGGGGAGCCCUCUUUCCCAAGCUUCUUCUUCCACAAAAUGUGGGUCAAUGUCAGCUGUCACCAUGGACAUUUGCCUGAAGUCAAGCAACCAAAACGAUGAAACAGAGUGCAAGAGCUCCAAAUCAUGCACUGAGGAUGCCAUUGCCGGGUCAGAUUCAUCUAGUUCCAGUGAAUUGGAUGAUUCACCAGACACAGCUUUACAACUGCUCCUGGAUUUCCCCAUUAACAAUGACAUGAGUUUCCUGGAAAAUUUCGACAACUAUGGUGCUCCCACUUCUGCAAUGUUUGACUGAAAUUUGCCCUGGCCUCUGAAGCUUCCUUCAAAGAAGAUGAAUUAUGUAAUGAAAUCCUGUGUAGCUUCAAUUUUGAAGGCCUAGAAUUAGGAUUCAAGUAGUCAGAGGAGGUGUUGAUGCCAACAUCCUA